GGGGGAGAAGGUGGGACGAAGUUUGGACCCAUGAUCGGAUUUCCGUACCGGUGGACCGAGAUAGGAGAUCGCGGUGAUGAAAGCGGGGCGGGAGGCGGAAGAAAUAUGCGCAAUGGGGAGUCUGCCGCCAACGCGCGGGGCUCAUAUACCCCUGUUCCUGUAAGUAGAACGCGAACUGGGACGCUCUUACCACAUCUCGCGCCUGCUUCGCACUUCACGCGCACAGAGAGGCUGCCCGAGGGACCACCAGUAUGUAAGAAUGCUCACCACGACCUCCCGAUGGGGCGCGCCAACGCGGCAUGGACACAGUGUGAAAGCGUUCUGUUGUCUCGGAUGUCGGACCGAGACCGGAGUAGGAUAUAGCCCUCUUCCUCAAGACGGAGGGGCACCCUGGGAUAUAAGGCGAGCACUCCUUGCGCGGAUAUCACCAGACUACCCACCCACAUUACCCUAUCACCAUGUCGCCCUCCACGCAGCCUGCACAGGUCGCCGCCGUUCUAUACGGCGGCAAGGACCUUCGCAUCGAGGAGCGCGAAGCGCUACCUCCGAAAGAGGGUCAAGUCCAGGUUGCCGUGAAAGCAACUGGACUCUGUGGGAGCGACUUACAUUACUAUACCCACGGACGCAACGGAGACUUCAAGCUUCAAGCCCCCAUGGUCCUUGGCCACGAAGCCGCAGGCAUCAUCACCGCCGUCGGCCCAGGCGUCACAGGCCUCUCACCUGGCCAGCGCGUCGCCAUCGAGUGCGGCAUCAUGUGCAAGACGUGCCGAUACUGCAAGGCCGGGCGCUAUAACCUCUGCAAGGGGAUGCGCUUCUGCAGCAGCGCGAAGACCUUCCCGCACCUCGACGGCACGCUCCAGACGUACCUCAACCACGAUGCCGACCUGAUGUUCCCGCUCCCGGAUGACUGCUCGUAUGAAAUGGCCGCGCUCGCGGAGCCGCUAUCCGUGCUCAUCCACGCGUCGCGACGCGCACAGUUCGCGUCCGGGCAGACCGUGCUCGUGUUUGGCGUCGGCGCCAUCGGCCUGCUCGCCGCCGCCCUCGCGUCCGCGCAGGGCGCGUCGAAGGUCGUGGCCAUCGACAUCAACGAGACGCGCCUCGCGUUCGCGAAGGAGCAUGGCUUCGUGUCCGAGACGUUCUGUUUGCCGAAGGGCGAUCGCAAUCUGUCGCCGGAGGAGCAGCUGAAGGCGGCAAAAGAUACCAUUCUCCCCGCGGUGGCGCGCUUCGGCGAGCCGGAUGGGUUCGACGUGGUUUACGAAUGCACGGGAGCCGCGCCGUGUAUCCAGAUGUCGAUCCACGCGGCGAUCACAGGAGGGCGCGUGAUGCUGGUAGGUAUGGGCACGGGUGCGUUGAUGCUCCCCGUCGCAGCAGCAGCGACGCGCGAGGUGGAUGUACUGGGUUCAUUCCGGUACGCGAACACGUACCCGGAGGCGCUUGCGCUGCUGGGGUCAGGGAAACUGGACAAGAUCGAGAAACUGGUCACUCACCGCAUACCGUUGAAGGAGGCUGUGAGCGCCUUCGAAUUGCUUGCGAAGGGUCAGGAUGAACGGGGAAACAUGGCGCUAAAGGCCGUCAUUACGGGUCCGUGAGGUGUUGAAGCUCAAACUAAGAUUAUUCGCUGUAUUAUUACGAUCGUGAUGGGGCUAUAUGAAGCCAUAGAGAUGAGGACUCGAACGAAGGAACGCGGUGAGAGAUAGAAGGCUGACCGCAGGGCGCCGAGGUGAAUGCA